AUGUAUUCCCAGAUGAAAUCGCCUACUGUAUCAGCUAAUGUUAUGACCAUACCUGUUCUUAUAAUGGCAAAUCGUCUUUCAUUUUCUUGUCAGCGACAAGUGAAUCAAAGGCCUUCUCAUAUCAAAUUUUCAAUUAGUAAUUUUUCACUCGAGGUUAUUCUCAAUUUGUCUUUCAAUCAAACUCGAUUAAUCACACUCCAUGGUAUCAGUUCUCAUCCUCAAUUUUCGCUAUCAAUCGAAUCUACGGAUCCUCUUGAGAACGUGAAACAGGAUCUAGUGAGUACUAUCGAAGGAAUUGUUGAGAAUCUGCCAUUCAUUUGGCAGAAUGCUGACACUUUGUUAAAGAAUGAAGGUCUUUAUAAUGUACCACCUGAAUGUAUUGAACCGAUUUCAAAUUUGGAAUCGAAAGUCAUCAAUGGAAACACUGUGGAGUUACAAAAUGGCUACAAAACAGAAACGGAUGAGAAAUCUUCCUCCGAUCUUGAUGUCAAGUCCCUGGAUUCAUUCCUCGAUGCUUGUAGUGUAGUGGGAUUUCAAUUAAACAACGGUGAUAUUAAUAACGCUACCACAACAUUUACUACCUCUGUACCUUUAAGUGAUUCAGCAGAGGUUUUGCCCGAACCGGUUGUUCUAGCUCACAAUCCAAGUUUAAAAAAGAAAAUGAAAGACAGUAUACGCCGAGAAAGAUGGCAUCAGAGAUCAGCGUCGGACUUUAAUCUUAAUAAGGAUACAUUGCCAACUGAACUAACUUUUGAUGAUGGUGAACCAGUGCCUCUUGACCCAAUCGUUCACCCUCCAGAAGGACAGAAGAUCACUUCUGAAGGUUAUCAACAAUCAGAAAGUAGACCCAUAUCGCAUCAACGUGCGCUCAAAAAGGUAACUGAUGUUUCUCCUCUUCAUGAACGAGUUGUGCCAAAUUUGGCCUCUAAGAACCUCCUUGUAAAGGUGGUUAAGGCUGAUUUUAUUGAACUCAAAAGUUCCUCCGAUGCAUACUGCGUUGUCGAAUUAGAUGAACCAUAUCAACGGCAUGCUACCCAUGUCGUGCCUCCCUCUGAACAGUUAUUCUGGGAUCAACAUCUCCUCUUCGGACUCAAUAGCAAUUCAAAACGGGCUGCUUUCGAAAUCUUUGAGUUAAAUAAACGUCGAAAAUCAAUUUCGCGAGGUUACGCAGAGGUAUACCUACCUGACCUCCUUACCAGCAUGGCUGGAGGUUGUUCAAGCGAGCUUCUGCGCUGUAUCACCCUGGAUCCUAAACAGCACUCCUCUUCCACCUCCGGUAUGAUGGGAGGUCCCAGUGGGGCUGGUCUCAAUAGUGCUGGUGGUGGUGCCUGGGAUUUCGUCUCCUCUCCUACCUCAUCCCCAAUUUCCCUCGCUAUUCGGAAGCCCACAGUAACCGCUGAAGUAAGUCUAUACAAAUUUCCCUUUUGGCCUUAG